GGAGUCCAAGUGAUGGAAGAGUUCUAAGGGAACUAAAAAUCCUUUCUUUAAACGUGUAUUUUGAAAAAAAAAAAAAAAAAGAGGGCACCCAACGUUUCAAAUUACCAAUCAAGACUCCAAUCAAACCCUGACAAUAAGCAAAAUCAUUGUUCUUAAAAUCUCUCCUUAUCUCUGAAUUGGAAAUGGCGACUGAACAACCAAAGCCAACAGCUGAAGACGUGAAGAUGGAUCUAUUCGAAGAUGAUGACGAAUUUGAGGAGUUUGCAAUUGAUCAAGAGUGGGAGGACAAAGAGGAAGGAAACGAAGUAACCCAACAAGGGGAAGAUGAUUGGGAUGAUGAUGAUGUCAACGACGAUUUCUCUCUGCAACUCAGAAAGGAAUUGGAAAGCAACACUGAGAAGAAAUGAGCUGCAUUUGCAUAUGAACUCUUUUUCUUCGCAACAUUGGACCAUGUUGUUUCUAUUCUGGGUUCAGAUGUUUCCAUAUGUUUGUACUCUUUAUUUUACUAAUAAAUCUUAGCUUUCAAAAUAAAAAUAAAAAAUUACCAAUCAGUUUUGCAUAAGCUUCAUUCUUUGUUAGCAAGACCCAAGAUUAAAGUAAUUGGACCAGCAAUCCACUAAAUCCGCUAGACAAAAAAAAAUAAAAAAAAUAAACAUCUCAAGUCUCUAAACGUGUUUUCAUCUUUUAUUGUACUUCAAGCCUAGUCUAAAAAAAAAAAUCAAAUACGACAAGUCUUGAAGUAGGGGGCAUUUGUAGUCAUUUAAAAUUUUAUUGGAUUUAAAUCAGUAUAUUAAUUUGGACUAUAUUAAAUUUAAGAAAAUAGUUCAAAUAAUGUGGCUAAUAUGGUUGGAUUAAUCAUCCAAUCUUAAAGAUAUUGGGCUAGUCCAUUUGAUUGGGCUCCAAAUGAUGAGUCCACUUUAAUAGCCCAAAGUCCAAGCCCGCGCCACGUGUCAAAUGAGGUGGCAAUCCAAGUCAAAUUAAUGGGCCAAUGAAAUCAUGCCAAGUGUACGGAUGAUAUGCUC